CACAUCCAAAACACACACCAAUCAAACAUCUUCCUAAACAAAAUCACACGAAGAAUCACUUGCGUACGAAAGAUGAAGCCUGUUACAUUUCUCGUGGCUCUUACUACUGUCGCAGUCGUUCUCUCCACCGUCAGUGCUAAUCCCUACGGUGGGUGGCAACCGAUAGAGAACAUACACAACUAUCACAUCCAGGAGAUUGCCAAGUUUGCGGUAGGAAUGCACAACUAUGAAAACAAUUUCAAGCAUCCGUUGAGACUCACAAGCAUUCGGAGGGGCCUAUUCCAGGUUGUGGACGGCGUGAACUACAGGCUCGACGUGACGGUGGAUGGAGGCAACGGAGGGAGUAUGUACCGAACGGAAGUUCACGAGAGGCUUGGCGCAUUGGAGCUCAUGUUUUUCACACCUAUAUAUAAGGAAUUAAAUUAAAAUCCUUCAUAAACAAUAAUUUAGCCGUCUUUGUUUGAGUUAGUAUGUUUUGCAUACGUUAGAUUGAUUAAUAAUUAGGAAUAACAUAAGCUUUUGUUGGUUAUCUAGUGAUGUUGUUAGCUGAUUAUGUCCCUUUUUAUCAUAAAUAUGAGUGUGCUUCUUAAUUGUUAGUGUCUCCAUUUUAAUUUCUACAAAUAUUUCCACUAGAUUUGUAAUUACAAGGUGCUACUAGAGGGGGUGGGGGCGAGGGGAAAUGAGCUAGAAAUUUUAGUGAGGCGGAGCCGAUUUGAAUUAUAAUAAACGAGGAAGAGAAGGUAAAAUCUUACUAAUUACUUUAGUUGUUAAAUUUAUUACAAAUUUCCAUUUAAUGUUAUACCUAAAUUUCAAAAUUAAGAGAUACCGUCCAAAACUUUGUGUUUGGCCUAGAAAAUUGAUAAUUGAGUUUGAAAUUCUCAUAAACUUCGAGGUUUUUUCUUCUUUCUUCUUCUUUUCCAAAGAGUUCCAAAAGAUAAUUUGAAUGUCACAGUCAACUAAUGAAAUAAUGUCAAGAAUUUUAAUUCAUAUCCGAAGAAAGGAUCCAAUCCUAAUCAUUAUUAUUAUCAUUAUCGUGUAAUUGUCUGUUGUUACUCGUAUGAGUUGACCCGUAAUAACUUUCACAUAAUAAAGAGUUGUUCACUCUGACGCGUGCGAUCGUUUGCUUGCCUCAGUUUAUCAUCACGACGAUCGUUCGAACUCGUCGAGUACUAAUAUACCACUGAGUCCGUUUACGACGACGGCCGAGUAUCUGGCCUUGCCGUGGCGAGCCGAGGUGGCUGUUAUAUCCACUCUGAAGUACUCCUCCUCUGAAUGCAAAUCAGCCCAAAAAGCCCUUGUCCAAGCUCACCAGCUUCAACUGCUCGGCUUUCGAGCUCGUCUUCUUGUUCUCCUCCGCCACAGCAAACACCGCCAUGUCUUUGUAAUCGCUGUUUUGUAGCUCGUGGUCAUUCAUAUCUGCGGGUUUCCAACCUCCAUACGGCUGAAAUUUCAAAGAAGAUACUUCCAUGGACAAGAAGGAGGAAAUGGCGACGACUAAGACUCUAAGAGUAUUAGAGUCGUCGCUAAUUGUGAUGACCUCCUCGUCACUAAAGCCAUGGUUUUCGUUUGGUUGAAUUUGUAUGGUCCUUUCAGCUAAUCGUUUUUGUUAGGCUUUGAUCUAUUCCUGAAAUGGUUGUGUGAAUUAAAAUUACAAGCGUGGCAGAAUGUAUUUAUAUUGACGCAAAAGUCAUACGCUUACUAAUCAGCACAUGUCCACAACGAGGAAUUAAGAGAACGUAAUCAAUAAAUAAAAAGCUUUAAAACUACAAAUGUUUGCGUUUAUUUUCUGCUCUUCAGACUCAGAGGAAGGAAGAUACUCUCAUUCCCCUAACUCGCCUAGAUACAUUUCACAUUCGCAUUAUGAACAUUUUUUUUUUUUUACCUAGACGGUAAAAAUAAAAAUAAUCAAUAACUUUAUGGCAUGUAAAGUUAUAAUCAUGAAGAUUACAAAUAACCGGUAAAAGAGGAGAGUCAAUAGGCUAAGUUACGCAUUAAAAUGCAAAAAAGAUA